AUGGACCUUCCCGAUUCCUCUCCAGGCUCGUCGCCGUCGCGGCGAGGCUCACACCUUGACACAGCAACGAAUGGCGUACCAUCACAUCCUAAGCAUGUUUCUUGGAGACGCGAAUCCAGACCCUCGUUCACAAGAGACGAACCACGACGAAAUUCGCGGCAGAUGUCGACUGGCAAUGCACAUAUUAGGCGUAGUGUCGACUUUGUCAAGGCAGAGGAGGAGUUCAACGAGUCAUCGCCACUGCUUCUACCGCGUAAGAGUGAAGAAGUAGAAGCGCUGCCGCCGCUCGCGGAAGUCUUCAGCCCGGAUGAGAGCAGCGGAGAGUCGUCAUGGGACGUGGACAUGGGCACGAAAGAGGAGAGCAAGAGCACAGUAUACAUGAUCCUGCUGACCAUAUCAUUUCUUGGUCUACAAAUAGCGUGGUCGGUCGAAAUGUCGAACGGCUCCCCGUACCUGCUCAGUCUUGGUGUAUCAAAGAGCAUGUUAGCAUUGGUUUGGAUCGCCGGUCCACUAUCCGGAACUUUGGUCCAGCCAUACGUCGGGAUCAAGUCGGACAACCUACAGUCGAGAUGGGGCAAGCGGAGACCAUUCAUUGUCGGAGGCGCAAUUGCUACCAUUAUAUCGCUGAUCAUUCUGGCUUGGACACGCGAGAUCGUCGGUGGCCUUCUGUCGAUCUUUGGCGUUUCGAGAGAUAGCUCUGGAACUGCCACGUGCUCGGUGGUCCUUGCGGUGCUGAUGAUCUACGUUCUGGACUUCAGUAUUAACGUUAUCCAGGCGGCGAUCAGAGCGUUCCUCGUCGACAGUGCUCCGACACACCAGCAAGAUACUGCCAAUGCCUGGGCUAGCCGUCUCAGCGGUAUAGGCAACAUCACUGGAUACCUCUUUGGAUACGCAAACUUACCAAAGUAUCUCUGGUUCUUUGGCGAUACGCAGUUCAAGGUGCUUUGUGUGAUCGCAUGUCUGGUUCUGGCCAUCACCGUCGCCAUUUCAGUCACAUCCGUAGGCGAGCGAGACCCUCGGCAGGAUGGCAAGCCUAUGCAGCAGACGGGCGGCGUGAUUGCGUUCUUCAGGCAGUUAUAUCGAUCUGUCAAGAAGCUGCCGCCACAGAUCAAGGCCGUGUGUGUCGUCCAACUUGCCGCGUGGAUCGGCUGGUUUCCAUUCCUGUUCUACAUCACGACAUACAUUGGCGAGCUUUACGUGGAGCCUAUAUUCAAGGAGAAGGGGCCAGAUCUGACCGACAAAGACAUUGACGAGGCAUGGGAGCACGGCACAAGGGUCGGAACGUUCGCACUGCUGAUAUACGCAAUUGUCUCGUUCCUGGCCAGUGUCACAAUACCGUGGUUCGUGGCCAGCUCCUACGACCCUGAGAAUCUUCACGACACACCAAGGACGCCAGGCACACCCAUGGCUAGGACGCCAGGUACGCCAAUGACCGACUUGACGCCAGGCCGGUUCGGAGAUGGAGGCGAUGGCUACUUUGGCAUCAGAGCUUCUGGCGCAGCCGAUGCACGCUCGACGAAAAGCACGUUCGCCCAAAAGGCCAAGAAAUGGUUCACAAAGAAGCGAGGCAGGUCCCUUGCCAUCCCGUGGCUGACGCUCAAACGCGGCUGGCUCCUCUCCCACAUCAUGUUCGCCAUCCUCAUGUGGCUCACCUUCAUCGCGAAGAACACCACGGUCGCCACAAUCCUAGCGGGUCUAGUCGGCAUCCCCUGGGCAAUGACGAUGUGGGCACCCUUCGCGUUGAUCGCAGCAGAAAUCUCAAAGCGUGAGAACAUUCGACGAGGCAUCAUCAAACCCCCACCCACUCGCGACGGUGAACUCCUUGCUAGGGGCGAGGAUACUAGUGAAGGCGCGGACCAGGCCGGCGUGGUGCUGGGAAUCCACAACGUCGCGAUUGCGGCGCCGCAGGUCAUUGCUACGCUGAUCAGCAGUGCAGUCUUCAAAGCUUUACAGAAGCCAAGAGGCAGUGUGGGAGAUGAUAGUGUAGCGUGGGUUCUGAGGUUUGGGGGCAUUCUGGCGCUGGUGGCCGCGUGGCUGACGAGGAGGAUUAAAGAGGAGGACGAUCCUGAGGACGCGAAGCCGCAUUGGUGA